AUGGCUAAAAAAGCUAAAACAUGUGAACAUAUAUCAGAAAUAACAAAUUAUGAACGAUUGGAAUUUCUUGAUGAGAAAAAAAAGAAAAAGAUUUAUUUUUUUUUGUUUAUAAAUUUUCUUAAAAUAUAUUUAGAUGAAGCUUUAUUAGAAUUUUUUGUAUCAAUACAUUUAUUUUUUUUAUUUCCACAAUUUGAUGAAGGUCGUUUAUCAACAUUUCGUGUUGGAUUAAUUCAAAAUCAUUUUUUUACAUCAUUAGCACGAAAUCUUUGCUUACAACAUUUUAUUAUUUAUAAUCAUGGACCAGAUUUAUGUUCACAUUCUGCACUUAAUUAUGCGUUAGCAAAUUCAUUUGAAGCAUUAGUGGAUGCAAUUUAUCUCGAUGGUGGAUUGAUGAAAAAAAAUAAACAGUUAACGAAUUUAUGGAAUAAUUUACAAGAAUAUCCAUUAAAAGUUCAAUAUCCAAAUAGUGAUCGUCAUUUAAUUGAACAAGUACUUUUAUUAAAACAAUUAACUAAAUUUGAACAAGAUAUUGGAGUAGAAUUUCGACAUAUUCGAAUUGAUUAUUUAUAUCGUUAUUUUUUCGAACAUCAUGAAGGACAUUUAUCAUUACUUCGUUCAUGUACUGUUUCUAAUCCAAUACAAGUUAUAAUCUAUGACAAAUUAGGUAUGCAAGUAUAUGUAGAUUAUGUUCGUGAACAACUUCGUAUAACAACAUCAAAAUUAAUUGAAAAAUCUUUAAAAGCUAAAGCAGAUGUAUUUGAAGCAUUGAUAGCUGCUUUAUUUAUUGAUCAAGAUUUAGAAUCAAUUUAUGCAUUUUAUCGUACAACUAUAUUUCCACCAUUACGUGAUCCAAAUGAUCGUAAUCCACCAUUACCUGAAUAUCGAGUUUUAAAAUCUCAACGUUUAUCUGUUAGUGUUGGACGAUCAAUUCAUGAUGCUGAAAUGGCUGCUGCAAAAAAUGCAUCAGAACAACAUGCACAAAUGUUUCCAUUAUUAAAUUAUCAAAAAUCAGUUUUAGUUUCAUCAAACCAUCAUCGUAAUAAUUCGAAAUGUAGAUUAACAACAACAGGUAAUAAAAAUGAGAAUAAUCGACAACAACCAUUUUCAUUAAGAAAUGUUAAAACGAGAGGUAAUGUUUCAUUAAUGAUUAUUACAUCGGCAAAAGUCACAAGUUAG